UUCAAGGGACGAAGUUGUGUAAGGACAUGUCAACUGCUCAAAAACAAUUCCCGCGAGUCUCGUGAUUAAACAUACAACAUGCAAACGAUGUUGGCUUGUAAAGGGGCAGGCACCGCCGUCGCUGUACUUCGUAUUCUUUUCAGAAAACAGGCUACAGCUCGUGGGCAGCCUUGGAGGUGUUUAUCCACGCAAACUGACGGAGAGGUCCGCAUCGCGAAGGUACUCAAGGAAAAGUUUCCCCUAGCGUCAUCACUAAAAGUUGUGGAUAUAUCAGGUGGAUGUGGAGCCAUGUAUGAAGUCCACAUAGAAUCCAGUGAGUUCUCUGGGAAGAGGACUGUUCAGCAGCACCAGCUUGUCAAUCAGGCUUUGAAGGAUGAGAUUCAAGGAAUGCAUGGACUGAGAAUAUUCACCGAUACCCCAAAACAAUAAUUCAACUGAAGCUAAAAAUAUGAAUCAAUUGUUGCUUAUUCAUGCUGUGAAUAAACAAUGAAAUAGUAGAUAUUGUCUAGCUAGGUAUGAACAUUAAAUUGCAUGAGUAGAAACUUAUUUAUGAAAAAGACACUUUAAAAAACAAAACAAAAAUGAAAAGACUUCAUACGCACAAAAUGUCUAGUUUCUCUUUUUAGUCUCAUGGCUGAUAAGGAUAUUUAUGAAAACAAUGUAUUAUUGUUUUGCCCCCGUAUAGUUUGUUAUUCAACAGAUAGCUGCAGGACUAAUGUAUUUAUUAACCCAAUACUGGCUAACGGAUAAUCUAUUCUGUUUAAUAAAGUCUUUUGUACCUGAUUUUGACUAAGUGGAGCUUUUUGUGAUAGAUGAUCUGUAUUUUAUAUAUAUGGCGGAAAACACCGACAAGACUGAAAAAGCAGUUUCUGCUCUUGCUCCCCUCUUUAAAAUAAACUGCUGUAUUUUAAGCCAAAAGAACUGUUUUGUCUGAUAGAACAAUAUGUCUAUAUGCAGAUUCAUGGCGCAUGAAGCCUCCAAACUAUUUUUAAUUUGUCCGUUUUACCCUAGUACCCCCCGUUGACAGACGUCGCGCAACCACUUUUGUUUCAACCCAGCCAUAAAAAGAAGGAUUUAUCAUUCGAAAUGUCUCAUUUUUAGCGUAGACUCAUUAAAUGUCUAAUAUUUAGUGAAAAAAAAACGACUUUAAAAAAUUAUUCACUUGCAUAUUUUAAACUUUUAAACAUAUGACGUCACAAUGAAAAAAUUGGCGUCUGUAAAAAAGUCACGGUUAUCUACCCCAUAACUAUAGCUUAAUUGUAUUUUUUUUUCUGUUACUGUCGCAUUUUCCCCAAUAUUUUAGAUGAUAAAUAAUCCAUCCAAACAAAGAAGAAUUGAUAAAAAGAAACGUUAAAAAGGGUAAAUAUAUGAAAAUGAAAAUCUCGACCACUACUGGAUGUCUGCGAUUUCUGCAUCGCGACCCUUGUUAUAUGACCAUGUUUCACCCAUAAAAUUCCCCAAAAAUCCAGCUGUGGCCAUUCACAGCUGUGUCUUGACUCUCGGUGAUACAUGUUACAUGGAGUUUUUGGAUCGAAACAAGGUAAGUACGCAAAAAUAUUUCGUUAAAAUUGUGGCGUCUUUAAUUCUGCUGUCGCAUGCUCUCGCCUCCAGGUAGGGUUUUGCUGUUUAAUUUAUUUUAUUUUAUUAUAUUUUUUUAAAAUAAUACCCUCCUGUUCAAAUUUUUUCUUCCUCCAGAAAAUUGAGAUUUUAAGCUUUCCAAUGAUGUAUCACACGUGCAUAUCGGACAAUUUUAAAAUUUGGCCAAAUUGGGGGUCUCAGAGCGGAACUCCGAGUCACCUGAGUGUUUUCCGCCAUAUAUAUAUAUUUUUUUAAUUUAAUUAAUUUUUUUUACAACACACAAAUUCAUUUUUUCAAAGAAGGUGUCACAUUUCGUCAUUUAAUUGUUUAUUUUUAGAUGCUUUGUCAAAUUGGGAAUUUUGCAUAACAAUUAUGUGAGUAGAUCUCCUUUUCAUUCACACUACUGGAAUGCUUAUGCACACUGAAAUUUGUUAUUCCAGCCAAGGUGAAACAUUUAUACACACUCCUCACACAUUUGUUUUCUUCUGUACAUGAUGAAAAAGCUCUCACACGCACUAAAUAUUUCUUUGAUUAUUUAAUGUACUAAAAAUGUGUCAAACAUCUGAAUUUGUUUUUUUUUUAUCAUUUACACUACUAAAAUGCACACAUUUACUCCUGAAUUUCUUUCAGUAAUACACAAAAACACUUACAUGCUGUGCUAAAAGAUUCUCAUAUUCACCUUUGAAAUUCUUCCUAACACAAUUGAUACUUUUGCUCACAUACUAUACUACUUAAAUGUACUUUACUGCACAACUUAAUUUUAUUUACACUCGUAUAUAUACAAAUGAAAUAAUCUGAUAUUAAAUCCUGAAAUGCUUUAAUCCAUUCUACUGAAAAUUUUCCAAUCAUACUGUAUGUUAUUCACAUGCUCUCAUACACACUUGUAAUUUCCCCCUCUUAAUAAUAAUAAAUUUUAUUUGAAGGCGCCUUUCUGGCACUCAAGGUCGCUUUGCAAUCAUUUAAACAUAUUAAAACUGUGAAAAUUAAAGUAUAGUGUUUAAGGAAAUUUUAAAAUGGUAAAAGAGAGAUAAGGGUAAGUUUGAAAAAAAACACAAAAAAAAACAACAACAAAAAAAAAACGGAAAUUAGUGAUUGUUAUGGAUAGGCAAGUCUGAACAGGUGAGAUUUGAGUUUGGAUUGAAACAAGUGGAGGGAACCUGUGUUCCUGAGGUCAGGUGGGAAUGAAUUUCAAAGCCGGGGAGCCGAGGGGCUGAACGCUCUUUUCCCCAUGGUGCUGAGGCGAACGGGGGGGACAGACAGUUGUAUGGAGGAGGAGGAUCUAAGGCACAGGAGGGAGUUGUAACAUGAAUGAGGUCAGACAGGUAUGGAGGGGCGAGGUUAUGGAUGGCUUGAAUGUCAGGAGGAGGACUUUAAACUGGAUUCAAAAGUAGACCUAGAGCCAAUGAAGCUGUUGCAGGACUGGAGUGAUAUGGUGGAUGGAGGGGGUACGGGUUAUGAUGUGGGCAGAUGAAUUCUGGAACAGUUGGAGUUUAUGGAGAGUUUCUUGAGGGAGGCCAAAGAGGGGAGAGUUGCAGUAGUCCAGGCGGGAAGUGACAAGGCUGUGAACUAGAAUUGGUGCAGAAUGUGGGGUGAGGGAAGGGCGGAGGCGAUAAAUGGUGCGUAGGUGAAAGUGGCCAAUCCAGGUAAUGUUAUUGAUGUGCAUUUGAAACGAAAGUGGGGGGGAGGGUCAAACAGUGGAAUUGUCAAUGGUAAGGGAUUGGAUAGGGUUUUUUGAGAUGGUGGAUUU